AUGUCCACCCCUAGCUCCAACCCCUUCGCCGACUCCUCCAUCCCCGACCCCAGCCAGCUCCGCGCCGUCGCCAUCAACGACCAUGUCCCCGUCAAGCUGUCCACCACCGCCGCCAACUACCUCGCCUGGAAGACGUACUUCUACCUCCUCUUCCGCGACUACAACCUGCGCGAUCAGAUCGACGGCACCGCCGACCUCCUCGCCCGCGACUCCGACUGGCUGGCCAUCGACGCCACCAUCAUCCGAUGGCUCUUCCUCACCGUCUCGCCGGACAUCUUCCAGACCGUCGUUCGGGAAGGCGAUGAUGCCCGCACGGUGUGGGGAAAGAUCAACGGCCUCUUCACCAAUAACAAGCUCCAACGUGUUGUCUUUUUGCAGCAGGAAUUCUUCGGCACACCCCAGGGCGAUCAAACCUUGGACGCCUACUGCCUGCGCCUCAAGGCCAUCUCCGUCGAGCUCCAGGACCUUGGGUUCCGGAUUGGCGACGAGCUCCUCCUCUCCACCCUCACCGCCGGCCUCAGCGAGGAUCUCGGGAACGCCGCCUCCAACCUCACCCUCAUGUCCAACCCGACGUUCGAGCGAGCGGUCGACUACUUCCGGCUGGAGGAGCGCCGGCUGAAGACGUUCUUCCUCAUGGCGGAGGAGCUCCACCAGCGCCCACCCCCGCCCCUCCACACCCUGCGCCUCAGCCGCACCAACACCAAGGAGGAGGGGGCGGUGGCCGUGGUCGUCGCCGCGGCCGUGGUGGUGGCCGUGGCGGUGGCAACAACGGCGGCCCCGGCAUCGUCGGUCCGCGCCCCGGGUACUUGA